AUGUCAGUUGCAUCAACGUCGAAAGAUAUAUCGUUUUUUAUGAUCAAACAAAAUUCGACAGAAGAUAAUCUGAUAUGCGCUGCUGAUCUUACCCCUGCUCAUAAAGUUGUGAAGCACCACCAAUCGCAAUCAAGAACAAGAAGAGGAAGGAGAAGACAAAAAGAAGGAGGACUAGAAAAAGAAAUUGAAGAAGAAAAUGAAGACGGAGGGAAUGGCGGAGACAAGGAAGAAGACACACACCCUUUGCUAUGUUCCGACCCAGAGUCGGAUACACCUGAAGAAUCAGAGGAUUUAUUAUUAAAUUUUGAUGUUGGAAAUUGGCCUAUUCCAGUGCCAGAUGGUCUCAGGACCGAGAUAAUAAGACGAGGAAGUGAGAAUUUCCAACACUUAGAGGGACCAUUUGGAGCUGUGCAGAAGCCUGGGGAAAAUCCCAAAGGUCAUACACGACAGCUGAACAGUAAUUGGUUUUACAAACAGCUCCCUAGUGGAGAGAAGAUAUUAAGAAAAUGGAUGGUUUAUUCAACUGAAAAGAAAUCAUUGUUCUGCUUCUGUUGCAAGCUCUUUGAUAACAAUGAUAUACAGGCUACGACAUCCAGUUUUAUCACAGGGUUCAACAGUUGGUGGAAAUUAAAUCCUAAAGUGUCUGACCACGAAAGCUCUGAAUUCCACGUAAACAAUUUCGAAAAAUGGAAAACUCUUGAAGCAGGACUUUUAAAAAAAAAAACUAUCGAUGCUGCUCACCAAGACGGUAUGGAAAGAGAGAGAAAGAAAUGGAGGGACAUUUUACAUAGGCUCUUAGACAUAACACUUUUUUUGUCUAAACAGAAUUUGCCGUUCAGAGGUCAUAGAGAAGACAUUGACUCUGAUAACCGCGGCAAUUUCUUAGAACUGGUGAAUCUUCUGUCACAUUAUGACCCUGUUUUAAAGGAGCACAGCAUACGGCUUCAGCAAUCAUUGGAAGCAGGAAUGAUUCCAGUAUCUUACUUAUCGCCUGCAGUACAAAAUGAGUUUAUUUCUCUCUUGGGCAACGCCGUAAAAAAAGAAAUAAUCUCUGAAAUUAAGAAAGCAAAGUACUUUGGAAUACUAUUUGAUAGCACGCCUGACAUAUCCCACACGGAACAGAUGAGUCAAGUAAUAAGAUAUGUGAAAAUUGAAAACAGGAAAGUAGAGGUGAAAGAAUCUUUUCUAGGUUUCAUUCCACUUAGUGGUAAAAAGGCACACGAUAUUACAGAGGAUAUACUCCAAUCACUUGCAAAGGAUGGCUUGGAUAUAAAACUUUGUAGAAGCCAAGGCUAUGAUAAUGCUACAACAAUGUCAGGUGUUCAUACAGGAGUACAAAAAAGGAUUAAAGAACAAAAUCCAAAAGCGAUUGUCGUACCUUGUGCAAACCAUUCCCUCAAUCUAUGUGGUGUUCAUGCUUUUGGUAGUGUUCCUGUUUGUGUCACAUUUUUUGGAACGUUGGAAUGUGUGUACAAUAUGUUUUCUUGUUCAACACAUAGAUGGCAGGUACUCAAAGAAACCGUUGGAGUGACUGUUAAAAGACUUUGUGAUACUAGGUGGAGUGCUCAUCAUGAUGCAGUAAAACCCAUCUUCAAAAAUUUCAAAAAGUUGGUCGAUGCUGUGGACAAAUUGUGUGAUGCUUCUGAAAAUCUUGAUACAAGAGGAGCAGCGGAGUUGCUGAUGAAAAACAUUUGCAACUUCAAUUUCCUUUGCUUCUUGCACCUAUGGUACCACAUUUUACAAGAAGUCAACCACGCCCAAAAAUACCUACAAAUCCAAGGUAUUAGUUUAGAAAAGUGUGUACUGGAGUUGAGAACCUUGAAAUCAUUUGUAGAAGAGAGUCGGGAAGAACUUGUGAAUAAAUCCUUAGAAUAUGCGACCACCACCUGUGGUGAAAUGAACAUUGACAUCGAAAGUAGAAAUCGCAAGCGAGUCAAAAAGAUGAUGCCAGGAGAAAAUGCUCAGGAUGCAGGUUUGACUCCACAGCAAGAAUUGAAGCGAUCUAUGUUAGAGUGUAUUGACAAGUUUCAUGUAGAACUGGAAAAAAGACUAACAUCGAUGAACGAUGUAUAUGAACAGUUUGCUGUUGUGCACUCAGAAAACUUGGUGAGAUCAAAUGAUGAAACGAUAAUAACCCAUAUACAUCAGUUCACAGCUACUCACAAUGAUUUAGAGGAAGACGAAAUGUUGCCAGAAGUGAAGAGGCUCUGA